AUGGCCCAAGUUCCGGAUGAGAAACAUGUUCGACUCGUUGGGGGAUAUUGUCGGAUAAAAGCCAUUGGAUGUACUCCCCCUGACGAACUCAUUGCAAAGGUUGGACUCCAUUGCUACAAUUCUCACAAGGGGACUAAUUUACAGUUCUUGACUGUGACCGAACUCAUGCUGGAAGCGGUUUCACAUUUUAUUUAUACAAUGACAUUGGAUGCCUUUGAUCCGGCCAACGGUUCAGUUCACAGUAUCGACACUUGUAUUUGGCAUGCUGCUCAGGUGAACGAUGAGAACUUGAGAUUAUUAACCACUUUUUGUUCACCUACAGGAUCUGGAGAAAGAGGUGCCCAAUGGGACUUAAAUGGUGUAGACGUGCUCUAUACUGGUGUGAUGCCUAAAUGGCUAGAUGAUGGUGCACUUACAGGAUGCAACAAGCUACAGUACUAUGAGGUUAGUGAUUCGGAUUUGCAAGAGAAUGCAUGGCUUUAACUAUAUGCUCAAGUUGCAGCAUACUCUAAGUGGAGAACUUACAUGGUGGAUCAUUUCCCAUUGGAGAUAAAGAAAGCAGUGGUACAAACGAAGGAAGAAGACAUAGAGUCAAGUUUGAAGUUGAAGUCGAGCAAUGCAAUCUUCUACAUAAGUUUCAAGACUCGUGGAGGUACCGAGUGCAAAUGCGUAGUUAGGCAAACGAGGGAUGGAAGACCACAACACAUGUGCCUUGAAGUUAAAAAUUUUGAUCCAACUAUUUUUGAAACACGGUCAUCCAAAUCCGGUAGUUGA